CAGUCAGUAGUCAUGAUUCGUGGCCUCUUUGGCCUUCCACAUGAAACAGAAGGCGUUUUCCAAACCCAAACAGGCGGAUUAUUUGCACCGUGACAUUCUUUCUUCAGUGGGAAUUUUCCAGUCAGAGAGAAGGGCUAAGAAGUGCACACCUGCAGGGGCCACACCCAGAGGAAGAGGCGCACUGACUUCCAGCUGAAGCUCACUCCGGUCCUGUUGAACUCGUGGUCAGGAAGAGCUGGAAGAUGGUAAGAAGGCGGGAAAAGUCAGGAGGAGUGCUGAGUGGCAUUUUCAGACGCUCUCCCAAACCUGCUCAGAACUGCGCUGAUGGCCAGGGUGAUGGGAGCUCAGACAUCACAGAGAAGAAAGAGAGAGCAGAUGAAACCCCUUCCAUCCCUCCAAGACCCAGUGAGGAGGGUGCUGGGAGCUCAGACAGCACAGAGAAGAAAGCCAGAGCAGAUGAAACCCCUCAUGUCCCUCCAAGACCCAGUGAAGAGGAGCUCAGAAACUCCAUCACACACUGUCCGAGCAUGAAUCCAACUGACGUGGAUCAUAAUCAGGACAGUCUCUCGGUUGAUGGAGAGUCACACAGCAGCAGUGCUGAUUUUUCUGAAAAGUCAGGAGGAGUGCUGAAAGGUUUUUUCAGACGUUCUCCCAAACCAGCUCAGAACUACGCUGAUGGCCAGGACAGUCUCUCAGUUGAUGGAAAGUUGCACAGCAGCAAUGCUGAUCAUUCUAAAAAGUCAGGAGGAGUGCUGAGUGGCAUUUUCAGAUGCUCUCCCAAACCUGCUCAGAACUGCGCUGAUGGCCAGGUAGGAGAAACAUCUGGUGAUGGGAGCUCAGACAUUACAGAGAAGAAAAACCAAGCAGAUGAAACCCCUCCUGUCCCUCCAAGACCCAGUGAGGAGGAGCUCAGAAACUCCAUCACAUACCGUCUGAGUGUGAAUCCAACGGACACGGAUCAUAAUCAGGACAGUCUCUCGGUUGAUGGAGAGGCACACAGCAGCAAUGCUGAUCUUUCUGAAAAGUCAGGAGGAGUGCUGAAAGGCUUUUUCAGACGUUCUCCCAAACCAGCUCAGAACUGCACUGAUGGCCAGGACAGUCUCUCAGUUGAUGGAGAGUCGCACAGCAGCAGUGCUGAUCUUUCUGAAAAGUCAGGAGGAGUGCUGAGUGGCUUUUUCAGACGCUCUCCCAAACCAGCUCAGAACUGCGCUGAUGGGCAGGGUGAUGGGAGCUCAGACAUCACAGAGAAGAAAGAGAGAGCAGAUGAAACCCCUUCCAUCCCUCCAAGACCCAGUGAGGAGGACAGCCUCUCAGUUGAUGGAGAGUCGCACAGCAGCAGUGCUGAUCUUCCUGAAAAGUCAGGAGGAGUGCUGAAAGGCUUUUUCAGCCGCUCUCCCAAACCAGUUCGGAACUGUGCUGAUGGGCAGGAUUCUGGUGCAUCAGUCAACAAACAGCAGGUCAAAGAAGGUGAAGAUGAAGGACGUCAGGACAGUCUCUCAGUUGAUGGAGAGUCGCACAGCAGCAGUGCUGAUCUUUCUGAAAAGUCAGGAGGAGUGCUGAGUGGCUUUUUCAGACGAUCUCCCAAACCAGCUCAGAACUGCGCUGAUGGCCAGGGUGAUGGGAGCUCAGACAUCACAGAGAAGAAAGAGAGAGCAGAUGAAACCCCUUCCAUCCCUCCAAGACCCAGUGAGGAGGACAGCCUUUCAGUUGAUGGAGAGUCACACAGCAGCAGCAGCAGCAGCAGUGCUGAUCUUUCUGAAAAGUCAGGAGGAGUGCUGAGUGGUUUUUUCAGACGCUUUCCCAAACCGGCUCAGAACUGCACUGAUGACCAGGGUGCUGGGAGCUCAGACAUCACAAAAAAGAAAGCUAAAAUAGAUGAAACCCCUCAUGUCCUGCCAAGACCCAGUGAAGAGGAGCUAAGAAACUCCAUCACACCCCGUCUGAGUGUGACUCCAGCGGACACUGAUCAUAAUCAGGAUUCUGGUGUGUCAGUCAGUGAACAGCAGGUCAAAGGAAGUGAAGAUGAAGGAUGUCAGAUGGAAGAUCAGGAAGUCAGCCAGCGCACUGAGGACGACAGUGACGAGUGUGUGAACGAAGCCGCUGCUGCAGAUGAGAAAGAGAAACCAAAGAAAAAGAAAGUAAAGAAAAAGAAGAAUCCGUUCAUGCUUCAUGUGACACCUAAGAGUAAAAUGAUUCAGAAGAUCAGCGGAGAAGACGGCACUGAGGCUUUAGAGAAAUCCCUCAUGGAGCAGCUGAAUGAGUUUGGUCUUAAUCCAGUUCACAGUGAAGAUGAGGAGGAUCUUGACAGCCUCAUGGAGUGGUGGAGCACGGUCGAACAAUGGGAGCCGACGUCCAAACAGGAAGAUAUGACGGAAAAAGAGGAGGCUAGGGCAUUUGCUUUAACAGCUGAAAAAGUGCAACGAGGCAUUCGGGUGUUUAAUCAGCUGUUUUCAGAGCGAGCAGAAGCUCUUUGGCAGCACAUCAUCGACCUCAACCACAUCGCCGAUGGUCUGGACCGUUUCAACAAAAGGACCAAAGUUGCCCAGAUCACAGGAGGCUCCACCAGUGCUGUUGGGGGUGUGGCCACUAUAACGGGCCUUGCCCUAGCACCCGUCACUAUGGGAACAUCCUUGAUUGUCACAGCAGUGGGUCUGGGUGUGGCCGCAGCAGGCGGGUUAACGUCGGCCACGGCUGGUAUCUCCAACACCGUCCAUGGCUCGAUAGACCGCAAGAAAGUGGAGCACAUUGUGAAGGACUUUCAGAGCAAGAUGGCCGACAUUGACAAAUGCACGAGGUUCAUCAAACGAGGCAUCGAGAACCUGCGAGAGUUAAAUGCUCCCAAGGUGAAACAGCUAAAGCGGUACGAGAGUGAUGUCUCUGGAGUCAACGAUAUCUACGAGGACGGUGCCAUGGCAGGCAAAGCAGUGCUCAUCAAUGCCAAUGAAAUCACCAAGUUCACACAAGUCGCCAUGACAGCGGGUGGCACAGCUGCCAGAGCAGUGCAGGUUGCAGCCAUGGCAACUGGCAUCCUCACUGGUCUCUUUGUUGCCAUGGAUGUUUACUUCGUGGCAAAGGAUUCUAAAGAACUUAAGAAAGGAGCCAAGUCAGAAUUUGCCAAAAAGAUCAGGGAGGUGGCAGAGCAGCUGCAUCAAGGACUGGUGGAGCUCAAUGUUAUCCGAGAGGAGCUGCAAAGUUCAGAAAGCUCCGAAACCUCCAUGAGCUCCAUAUCUAGCCCCUCAGCCUCCACUUGCACCACCUCCUUGACCUCCUCUUCAUCCACCUCUGGCAUCUCUAGCUCUUCUACCUCCAUCUCUUCACUCUCCUCCACUUCUACCAGCUCCUCCAGUUUCUCUUCUCCUUCACAGAACACUGAAGCACACAUAGAACCUCAAGCUCAGUCCUGACACAGUCCUGUCUUAAACAAAUUGUACGUCCUCCUCUUCCAUCUCCAAAUGAUUCACCUUCAUUUUAUCAACAUCCUUAUCUAAAACCUGCACCUUCUUAUUCUCCUCUGAGAUUCACCUGAAACACACUCCCAUAUCAAUAAUUAACAAUGCUACUACCACAAUUCUGUGCCUUUUCCUGCACAUGCCCCUGAAUCUCUUCCUUUUUAUCCUCCACCUUACAACCUCAAGCAGAAAUAGUGCCAGAAGUAAUGUGAUUCACAAAUGAUGGGGGGUGGGGGGGUUGGAUUUGUGAAAUUGAUGACAGACAUACAAAAAUGUUGCUGAUUUAUUUGCAUUCUGUCUUUACAGUUGUGGAACCUGCCCUGUAUUUGUCAGUAGCGUUUCUAUCUGCAAAAAAACACACUUUUUUUUUUUUUUUUUUGAUAGCCAUGUUUUGUAUUUGCAAAGCACAUUGUGUGUUUGAGCGGUGUGUAUAUUUGCAAAUCGUGUGGCAUUUGUAAAACAUUUUGGCAGCUUUCUAACGCCAUGUGUUCCAGUUCUACCCUUUUAAACCUCCUCUACUUGUCUUCCUCUUCUCAUCACCUCCUUAUACUUCUCCUCCUCCACCUUUCUUCUCUCGUACCUCUGUAUCCACUCCCUUCAACACCUCCUGAACCUCAGUCAUGCAUACUCUCAUCCUGUACCUCCUCCUCUCCCCCACCUCCUGAAUCUAAUCCACUUUCUUCUGCACCUUUUCCUUGAUUACAAUCAUAGUAGACCAUUUCCUCCUCAACCUCUUUAACUUCUCCACUCAGUGAUGAACCCAACCGAGACAUUCCCGCUGUUCUCUUGUUAGACACUGACAGUAAGCAUAAGUCAGAUGUUCAUGGAUAAUUCCUGUAGAACAUUUUAUUAAAGUCUUGAUUUGCCUUCAGCAA